CUCCCUCGCGUUGUUUACGGAGCUGUCUUGCUCAACGUGACAUGGAAUAAAGAUACCGUUUCACUUCUAUGGCAUGUUGAGGCUCGCCAGAUCGUUGUCACUCUGGUCCAAGAACACAGCCAGCUUCGUGAAGCCACAGAGAGGUGAAGUGCAACAUAGCCUGUGCUCAGACGUGUUAAUCUUGCCAGCUUUGCCAAGUGAUAAAAGGCAUUUUUGUGUUGGCGCAGCAGCAAUGUCACGGCCAAAAGUUCUCAUCACAAGGGCUGACAUCCCACAGAAAGCUUUGGACAUGCUCAAUGAAAAAUGUGAGGUGGACAUGUGGCCAGAAUCGUUCCCAAUCCCAAGGGAACAGAUGCUGAAGAAGAUCCAAGGAAAAGACGCAAUUUUUUGUCUUCUGACGGAGAAAAUUGAUAACGAAGUUCUUGAUGCAGCAGGUGGGCUACACUCCUGGUGUGCUGACUGAUGCCACGGCUGAGCUGACAGUUGCCCUGCUGCUGGCAACCUCACGAAGGCUUUUUGAAGCUCAUGAAGAACUUCUCAAUGGUGGGUGGGGAAAGUGUGCUUGGUCUCCUCUCUGGAUGACUGGCUGGGGUCUAGCAGGUUCCACAGUUGGAAUUCUGGGCUUGGGACGCAUUGGCCAGGGGGUAAUGCAGCGGCUUCAGGGGUUUGGCAUUAAGAAGUUCCUCUAUUCUGGGCGUUCGCGCAGACCAGAAGAGGAAGAAAAGGGUGCAGAAUUUGUUCCGUUUGACACUUUGUUGAGGGAAUCAGACUUCAUCGCCGUCACAUGUGCUCUAAAUGACCAGACGAGGGACAUCUUCAAUGAGGAAGCAUUUUCCAAGAUGAAGAAAUCUGCCAUUAUUGUCAACACAGCUCGUGGAGGUGUGAUCAAGCAAGAUGCACUCAUCACAGCCCUGAAGACUGGCCAGAUCCGUGCAGCUGGCCUGGAUGUCAUGACCCCAGAGCCUCUGCCUCCUGACCAUGAGCUGACCAAGCUGCCCAACUGCACCUUGAUUCCUCACAUUGGGAGUGCUGAGACGACGACGAGGGAAGGGAUGGCCACCUUGACUGCCUCUAAUAUAAUUGCUGGCUUGGCAGACCAGCCUAUGCCAGCUAGACUGUGUUGAUGAAGGAAAAAGACAUAACUGAAAUGUGAUUGCAAUUGUGAUCAUAGCUGGAAUUUAGAUUAAGAAAAAAAAUUCAUUAUCCAUUUGGUUUUAUCUUCACUUCAUGCACUUUGGGCUUUGUACGUGGGUGCUUAUUAUAUGUUUUGUGGUUCAUUUUGUACAGAGGCUCCAUGAGGACCCAACACAAAGAAAAAUCCAGAGGGAAUUAUUAGAAUUGUAUCGUUACUUUAAUUCAAAAAGACAUAAAAGUAUUUUCAUUUGCUGAUUCACAAAGAACUGAUAUGCAAACUGGAACUUUAUGCAGUACAUAAAAAUAUAUAUCAAUAUGAAUCUGAUCCCUUCAUUUGGAAUCUGCCAUUCACUUCAUUAUUACAAACUCAGGCUCAUACAUCUUGCAAUAUAUUGUACUGCAGGCUUUCUGUGCAUAAUUCCUCUUAAAAGACUUUUAAACAUUGUUCUCUUCUACUUCCAUAAAAAACUCUUAAAUGACAGUAAUGAAAAGACGAGAAAGACCAUGGCAUCUACUACAUAAGCUGAUGAAAAUGGAAAGAAAAACACUUGUACAGCAAUAAAGUUCAAAUGGAACCACACUGGAUGGAAAGGGGAUCAUUUUGAAUUUUAGUCAUAAAAAAAGUUCUUAGAAAAAUUCUUGACAUUUUGGGUAGUUGGGAUUGUGAAUACAUAUUUAAAAAAUAGAUGACUUCCUUGGAUAGAGAAUAACUUGGAGAUUUCCUAUUUCUGUUUCCUAUUUUUUUUCUAGUAAGUAUUAUAUACCCUGUUUACAAAGCCCAAAUUAAUUUCCCUCUUUUCUCUUAAAGCAUUGCUUCCCAAACUUCUUGGUGAUGGCAACCUAAACUUCCAUGGUCUCUUUGGUGGCAAUCCUUUCUCCCCCCCCCCUCUCCAACUUAUAGAUACAAAAUUAAUAUUUACUCCAAAAGCACUUUGCUUACUGCCCAUGGCACCGUUUGAGGAUGACUGAUAUAAAGAAUUACCUACAUUCAUAACAGGCUCCAAAAUUAAGUAAACUAUGGUAUUUGAGCAUAACCCACUACCUUUCACUGAUUUUAGGAACAUUUACAAAUUAAUAUGGAGCAUUCUCUGAGUUUUUUUUCUGUCCAGUUCUCCCUUUGGAAAAGCAAUAAAACUGCACGUGAAACUUUACAACAUUCAUGCUAUUUUUUCUCUUCAGCAUCAAUAGCGAAAUUCAAAAUCACCUUCGUUUAAUUAUAACUUUUUUAUUUUUUUCUUGUUUUAUGAGUUAUUGCAUUCUCAUAAAAAAUAUAUUUAAGGGGCUGUCCCCAGUAUGUUAAUUCCCAAAACUGCAACUGUGAUUAAUGCACAAAUGUAACAUUUUCAUAGCC